AUGGAGAGGUCCAAGGAUCAAGUUGGUGAGACGUCUGGACUCAGCUCCGAGAGUACUCGCAAGUCGCAAAUUGCCGCGCUGGUGGAGGCUCACAAAAAGCUGGUCGAUGAGGCUCCAAUCGAAACAGAUUAUGAGCUCCUAGAGGGGACGGCCAUGAUGCUCAAAGCGAUUCAGACCAGAUUUAUAGCUAAAGUUGUCCCCAAUAGCUCUGACAACCAGCAAGCCCCUCCUAAGACAGACAUCGGCACUGCUUUUCAAGAACUCGCGGCGAAGUUCGGCCAGUUGCAAAACAUGGUCAGGUCCAGUGCCACUGUUCUGGGAAUGAAAGGGGAUCUUCUCAUUUUUGCGGCGAAGAUGCUUCGGGGGGCCGCCACGACGCUCGGAGAAAUGCAGGACCAGAUGGCCUCGAGUGCCGAGGUUACGUCAAGCACGAGGGAAAUUCCCAGUUCCGCGGCUGGGACUGUCGCGGCCCAACGCGAAGCCAACGCAGCCACUGCUCUGAUGGUGCUGCAGUAUCUUUGCGAAAACUCCCUCGUGCCUACCGAAGAGGUCCUCAAAAUUGCCGAAGACCAAUCUGAAACCAGCACAGACCCUCCUCCGAGGAGGUUACAGCGUAUUGAUGAAGACCCCCUCGAGGAUGCCGAAGCCCAACCCGGAAGUACCUCAAUCAAUCCCCCGACGGAGUUGCAGCAUGCUGACGACAACGCCCCAGAAGCUACUGAGCCCCAACUGGGAAUGGCAGCGGAAAAUAGGUCGGGCAAGCUCGCGCUGUCAAAAAAAGACAAGCAAAGAGAGAAGAAUAAGCACAAAAAAGAGAGGAGGAAAGCAAGGAAGGCCGAAGAGGAGAUUCCCCCUGCUAUGGAUAUCACCGCCACGAAGACCACGGCCACAGAGAUCACCGCCAGCUCAUUGGCUCUGUUGCCCAGAAGCAGUAACCCCAACUAUGAGGCCGAGGUCCGGGGCCGCCCGGAUGACUUAAACUCCUGGGUGGCGGCGGACCUUGCGCGAUGCAAACAUUUGGGUGAUCUGAGCAAGCUGUGUAUUGUGUGCAACAAGAAGGCAGAGAAAUACUGUCCUCGCUGCAACAAGUCUGCUUCGUACUGCUCAAGGGAGUGCCAAGUUCUCGACUUCCCCAUCCACACGAAGGUCUGCUCUGACUUCGGUGGCCCUGUGGCUGACGACAAAAGACCGAGUCCCCAGCAUCACCGUGUGCUCUUUUUCCCGGCCUUCAGAACCAAGCCCGAGAUCUGCUGGGCGGCUUACCGCGGGAUAUCUCAGGACCAGGGGUGGAUCGAGAUUGAGCACGAGGAUAUCACGCAGUUUUACAACCUGAUUGGAGCCCAAAUUCCAGAGAGGGGCGAUGGCCAAAAGUUUGCCGAGUACGCACAGGUCCUCGAGGGACGGCCUAUCGGGCACUUGUUUGUGGCGACGACCUUCGUUGCCUCCAAGAGCGCAGACGACAUCAAGGACCCCAGAGUCCUGAACCAAAGUAUCAACGCGCUGACCAAGCCUGGCUAUUUGCGCCCCUGGUUUGGUCCUGUAAUGAUUACCGCCGACGACAACUCUUGCUUCCCGGGUACACCGGCCCAUCUCCUGGUCAAGGACAUCACCCCGCGCGAUUUCCACAGCAUUACCCGAUUCCUCGAGCGUUGCGAUGGCUUUUGCAUUACCAAUCCCAAGCUCUACUUUGGCAAGACCAUCAGUGGAUUAUUGAUCCACAAUCCAUCCGACGGAACCACCAACGUGAUGGGCGUGGGGAACGACUUCCACCAGGCCGUCGUCCCUCUUGCGCCCUUGGAUUAUCCUGAUAUCCCUGUUGCAUUAGCCUUUUACCUGGGCCUCAGCUGGUACAUCCGGCCGUGUUUACAGACGAGGGACGGGCUUGAUAAAUCGGGGGAGUGGAACAGUGGGAAGUUACGUUAUGUGAGCUACGUCUUCGGUCAGAGGAAAGAAGGCGCUCACGAAGGCGGUGACCAAUCCAACACGAACCCCCUCCGACCCGAACCUGCCUUGGGUCGCGUGGGCUUUCCUCCGACCGUCAUUCUCCUCCACGGGUCUGGCAACCCGGUCGAGCCGAUGCACCUGUCCGCUUUCAACGACUUCUUUGAUUCGGUUUUCAAGGGGAAAAAUGAAGCCUCGAGAGACAGCUUUUACAAGUUUUGGGCCCAGUACAAGCGAGCCCAGGGCUCUCGGUUCGCGAGCGUGCCGUCGCCUUACAAGUGGGAGACAGAUACGGUUGAUAGACUGGGCGUCGACAACCCGGACCUCCUCAGGAACUUUGUCAGGAAUAGGAUUGGGGAUAUCUGGCCUCGAAUUGAAGCGGAUCAGGGGUUUUCGAAGUUGCCAGGUGUUUAG